ACCUCUCCUCCCGCCAUUUCCCAGUUGCCCCGGGAGCCGCCGCCGCCGCCAUCAUGUCGCUGCUGUGUUGGAUUUCGAAUGAGGUUCCGGAGCACCCUUGUGUCUCUCCAGUCUCUAACCACGUGUUUGAGCGACGGCUCAUUGAGAAGUACAUCGCGGAGAAUGGGACAGACCCCAUCAACGGGCAGCCCCUGUCUGAGGACCAACUCAUCGACAUCAAAGCAAGCCAUCCUAUCAGACCAAAGCCUCCGUCAGCCACCAGCAUCCCAGCAAUCCUCAAAGCUCUGCAGGAUGAGUGGGAUGCAGUGAUGUUACACAGCUUCACUCUCCGGCAGCAGCUGCAGACCACACGCCAGGAAUUAUCUCAUGCCCUUUACCAGCAUGAUGCUGCCUGCAGGGUCAUCGCACGUCUGACCAAGGAGGUGACUGCAGCUCGAGAAGCUCUGGCAACGCUGAAGCCCCAGGCCGGCUUGGCCGUGCCCCAAGCACCACCAGUUACUCCUGCUGCAGCUCCUGGCGCAGGAGAACCGAUGGAGGUCGGGGAGCAGGUCGGAAUGACUCCAGAGAUCAUUCAGAAGCUUCAAGAUAAGGCAACUGUGCUGACCACGGAGCGUAAGAAGAGAGGCAAGACUGUCCCCGAGGAGCUGGUGAGGGGUGAAGAUUUCAGCAAGUAUCGGCAGGUUGCCUCCCAUGUGGGUCUGCACAGCGCCAGUGUCCCUGGCAUCCUGGCUCUCGACCUUUGCCCAUCGGACACGGCCAAAGUGCUUACUGGUGGAGCCGACAAGAAUGUGGUGGUGUUUGAUAAGAACUCGGAGCAGAUCCUGGCCACGCUGAAAGGUCACAGCAGGAAGGUGACAAGUGUGGUAUACCAUCCCAGCGAGAACAUCGUCUUCUCAGCUUCCCCCGACACAACAAUCCGCAUCUGGUCAGUCUCCAGCACGUCCUGUGUCCAAGUGGUCCGGGCUCACGAGGGCUCCGUCACUGGCCUCAGUCUCCACGCCACCGGCGACUACCUGCUGAGCGCUUCCGACGACCAGUACUGGGCGUUCUCUGAUAUCCGUACUGGCCGUGUUCUCACUAAGGUGACAGAUGAAGCAGCUGGCUGUGCCCUGACCUGCGCCCAGUUCCACCCUGAUGGCCUCAUCUUCGGCACAGGAACCAUUGACUCACAGAUCAAGAUCUGGGACUUAAAGGAACGAACAAACGUUGCCAAUUUCCCCGGGCACUCCGGCCCCAUCACGAGCAUCGCCUUCUCCGAGAACGGGUACUAUCUGGCCACAGCUGCCGAUGACUCCCAGGUCAAACUCUGGGACUUGCGCAAGCUGAAGAACUUCAAGACCAUCCAACUGGACGAUCAUUACGAGGUGAAAUGCUUGACCUUUGACCAGAGUGGCACCUACCUGGCAGUGGGAGGCACUGACAUUCGAGUGUACGUGUGUAAACAGUGGGCCGAGGUGUUACAUUUCACAGAGCACAGUGCGCAGACCACAGGAGUGUCGUUUGGUGAACAUUCUCGGUUCCUCGCUUCGAGCAGCAUGGAUCGUAGCCUCAAACUCUACAGCCAGUAGUCACCGUGUUUCCCUGGUAACCUGCCGCCAUGGACACUUCCCCUUCAUCUGUAACCCCAGCCCCUUCUCCCUCUGGUAACCCCCACCCCCCUCACACUCUCUCCGUUCCACCUCCAUCUCCCCGUGCUCCCUCCCUCUGCACUCUCACUCCUGGUCCCCAUCUUGUUCAGCACAAUUCCCGUUCCGCCUUGAGCUCGCUCUGGCACCGCGCCCGGGUUGCGUCUCUCCCUUCUCCACCUCCCCUCCACCCACCCGGAUGCUGGCCUCGUGCCUCUCCCUCUUCCCCUCGAACCCAGUUGGGGUACGGGAGACGGGUGGUCUGACUCUGAGUGAUGGGACCGCAUUGGGGUGGAAUUCUGCCAACAGCCUGCUUGUCCUGCACACGCACACAAACACGUACCAUUCCACGUACCCGUCCCGAAACCUCCAACACCUGGAGAGCAGCUGGAUCCCAAGUAGUUCCUGACUCAGGAAGCCACCGCGAGUUGUUCUGACUGACAGAAAUACUUACACGUGUGCUAACACACCCGCGUACAUACACGUGUGCUAACACACCCGCGUACAUACACAUGUACUUACACACCCACGUACAUACACGUGUGCUUACACACACAUACAUACAUGUGUGCUUACACACGCAUACUUACACGUGCUUACACGCGCAUACUUACACGUGCGCACACGCGCAUACUUACAUGUGCACACAUACUUAACACAUACACACACAUGCAUGUGCACAUGGAUAUACUCUCACAUGCACGUACACACGCCCAUGCUCUCACAUGCAGACACUUGCACACAUGCGCACACCCACACAACUUACACACGCAACACACAUGUACAUGCAUGCACAGACACACAUCCACACGCCCUCACCCCCAUUCCACAGCCCAGCUCGCACCCAGCCCAUGCAACAUACCACCCCCUGUUUCUGGAAAGAUGGAGCUGGUAUUUCCUCCCUCUCCAUACCUCGCACACUCUGACCACCACCUCCCCCCCAGCAAGCAUGUGCCCUUCCCUUCCCUGGGGUGGAAAGGAAUUGGUGGAAUCCCAGUCUCCUGCUGUAACUCAGUAACAGGACGGGGAGAGGUAGAGAGAGAGAGCGAGCGAGCGAGUGAGGCUGACAAAUAGGUAUUGAGCGUUCAAUAGUUGCCCCCUCCCCAUCUUUGGAGUGGGGGGGCCCUGAUAGCAUGGAGCUAGCUGCCAAGCCCCUUGGUGCCUGUUGAUGAAAUCGUUUCCAAAGUACUGUGAAGGUUGCGUGUGUGUUUUUUUUUCUAAAAAUAAAACUGCAAAAAGCC